GGCUAAUAACCAUGAAUAAGCUUAAACGCUUUUGUAAUUAAAACAUAUAUCAACCAACUAAUAACAAGCAACUAUAUAGACAACUCUAAAGUGCUCUAUACCUGUGCUCAGAUCGAAAUGAGAGCUAUUAAUAUAGUGAGCUUAUGCUGGCAAAUAUGUAUUACGUGACUCCAGACGAAUUGUGAUAAGUCGCAGGGUACUCAAAUAUCGCUCACCUCUAGUUGAUGCUCAUGCCUGAGCACGAAGUGGACGAAAGCGACUGCUGCGGCAAUGGCUGCACCAAUUGCAUUCUUGACAAUAAGCCUAAGCCCAGUAGGCGUGCACUGCUGGCGGGCAAGCGGAAUGUCAUCCUUAGCUAUGCCAGAUUCAAGCUGCUUAGUAACGAGGCGCACAACGGAGAUGCACAAGUUCGAAUGCUGCACUUUGGUUACGCAGUAAAUGACAAGGAGUAUGACGAUAGUAUACUGGACAUUCCACCGGGGCAUCAUGUUAUGUUACGCGCUGUGCUUACUGGACAUCCUGUGCCGCUGCUGCGUCCCUACUCGCCCUAUUGGACAGACUUUGUAGCCAAAGAGUUCAAAAUUCUGGUCAAGCUGCAACCGGGCGGACCCAUGUCCGAAUAUUUGGCAGCACUGAUGCCUUUGCAAGUGUUAGAGUUUCGCGGCCCCAUUGGCAAUUAUGUGCAUGAUGUAAGCGCUGCCAAAUGCAUAUACAUUAUAGCACAGGGCGUGGCCAUUGCGCCCACUUUGCCGCUGGUCGCGCAGGUGCUGGACAACGAGGAUGACAUGAGUCGCAUACGGCAUCUAAUAUGUGCACAAAAUCUGCAGCAUGUUUACUUUCGGGAUCGCCUGCUCGAGUUCAACCAAUACUGGAAUUACCGCAGCUGCCUCUAUCUGGCGCACCAACAGUGCAGCUGCGGCUCCGCCGACUGCAACGAGCUAUGUGAGCAUCUACAAAAAAGGCUGCGCUACAAGGAGAAGGCGCGCAGGGUGCGCCUGGAUGUUGACCAACUGGCGUCACAUGUAGUGCCCGGCAACGAGGCCGUUUCCAUUGCCAUUAUAGCUGGCCAUCCAACUUUCCAGCGGGCUAUGCGCGAGCAAGCAGUAAGCGCCUUCGGCUUGCCAGAGGAAAAUGUAUUUUUAUUGUAAACUAUUUGUUUAACUUUAUGAUAUGCAUUGAGUGGCAUCCAGCUUGGCUCGUAGCAUCCAGUUUGUAUAUGUCCAAUUAUACUCUGUUUGCAAAGUAAGUAUAUGGGUUUCGUCCGACUGGCUGUCCGUCCGCCUGUCUUGUGUGAGCUACCAUUUUGUCAACAGCAGGAGGAGUCCAACUCAUUUAAUCGGGUUUCACACUGCGAAUCGAGUAUUGCGCAGUUUGUUGUUUUCUUUUAUCAAUGAACAAAACGACAAAGCUCUGAGCUUUAGAAUAUUGUUAUCAAAGCUUAAAUAAAAUUCCUCUAUUGUAGAUAUUACGAAUUAA